AUCUCCACCGGCGGUGGCCCCGCGACCCCUUCUCCGCUCGCAGCUGCGGGCACAGCUCCGGCCGCCCCACCAGAGGCGGUGCCGGCGGCCCCGAGCGCUCCGCGGCGCGUUCGCCUCCAAUCGCGGGUCCGGGGCGGGGCCCGGCGGUGACAUUGAGGGGAGCCGAGCAGGGCCGAGGCAGCGCCAUGUGGGGCCGCGCCGAUAGGGCUGUUAAACUGCUGGGAAGAAAUAUUCCUUCAAUUCUAAGGAUGACUGAAGGAGUGGAUCUGAAGAUAAGCAGAAGGCUUUGCAUUAAACCCCAGGAAGAAAGUCAACUUCAGUCAAAGAGUCGAUCUCCUUUGAGGGUGCCUGGAUACAAGCCUACAGACUGGGAGAAAAGAUUUUUGUUGUGGGCAGGCCAUUUCAAGAAACCAGAGGACAUACCAGAGACUGUCUCGAUUGAAACAGUCAGAGCAGCAAAGACCACACUGCGUGUGAAGUUCAGCUAUGUAAUGAUUGCCUUGACAAUAGUGGGAUGCAUCAUCAUGGUGAUUAGAGGGAAGCAGGCUGUAAAAAGACAUGAAACUCUUACAAACAUAAACUUGGAGAAGAAAGCCCAGUGGAGAGAGGAAAGUACUGCAUCUGCUAAACCUUAAAAGAGGAAAUGAAGAGCAAGAACUGGGGAAGAAAAGCGAAGUCCUUUUCAGCACUGAAAGGAGGAUAUAGUCACAUUUUUCCUGUAUGUUAGUUCUGUGCACUCAUUUUCAAGAAAGAAUGAAUACAUUAUCCAUUAAUAACUAAACCUGGAAAUACCUAUUUUCUUUUGCUAAUAACUGCCCCUUUCUUUCAAACUCUUUUCUUCGUGGUUAGUGGGACAGGACACAUGAGCAAACUGGAGAGACAAAGUAAUUGAUUCCCAUAUAUGCUAUGCACUAGACUAAGCAUCUUUUAAAAUACUGCAGAAGCUGUACUUGCAUUCUUGGUACCAAUCCCCUUUAUGAAAGGUCUUACUUACCACUUACAAGAAGGUGACUUCGACAAAAGGACAGUCCAUUUAGUUUCCACUUGUACAAACAAAAUACCUUCACUGGGCAGUCAUCCACUAUCAGCAGCUCUUUCAGGUCCUUUCAAGGUCCCCUCAGGAAGAAGGGGGCUAUAUGGAAGAAUGGGGCUAUACUUAUUCUGUAUGUUUCCCUUUGUGCAAGACAGAAAAAUUAUUAAGGGAGCCCUCGAGUCAGGAGUAAUUGUCUGACCUGCAUUAACAUCAUCAAAAUGAUCAUAACUUAGCCUGCUUACCCGCUCUAGGUGCAAUUAUUCUGGCUGCAUUUAAGUGAGGGAUUGCUUUCUGUGAAGAACUGCCUGCCUUCAGUAAAACAAGGAGGGAGAUGGAUAGUGAAACAGCGUUCCAGAGAACCACUGUGUUGCAGCUGACAACCUAAUGGUUGUUACACCAGAGCUGGAACAGAGAUGACAAUUUUGAGGAAUAUUGAGCAACAGCUUCAACGUGUACUGUCAGAUUUAGUAUUUUGAGGCACAUGAGUAUGAGAAAGUCCAUCAGGCAUUCCUGCUCUCUGCUACUAAGCUCUUUUUUUUCAAAUCUCAUUUAUUUGUAUUUUCCCCCUUUAAGUCGUCAUCUGUACUUUCAUUUUACUAGCCCACCUAGAGAUCACCUGCCUUAUGUUUUAGAAGUGGCAGUCCCAGUAAUACCUGCAAAGAGCAACUCCCAACAGUUCUAAUUCUGGCAUUGAGCCCAAAGAGUCACACACUAUUCACGCUGAACAGUUUGCAGCAGCCAGAGAUAGUAUUUUUCCUUCUCCUUACAGUUCAUUUGGAAGGAAAUGCAGAUUGGAAAUGUCAGGACUGCUCAAAACCUGUUACUUCCCAGCACUGCCUGCUCACUGGUCCUGAGGACUCCAAAAAGAGAAGAGACAUAUAUAUCAGUUUGACAGAUUUAGCUUGUGAACUUGCUCAUAGCAGGAGGGAAAUUAUUUUUUUUGAAACUUUUUCCAGAUUAGUUUUGUUAUACUACUAAAAAUUAGCACUAUUGCUGAGUGAAUCAAAAGCUCUACAAAAAUGCAUGGGAAAUCUUCUCUUUAUACCUGGAAAAGAGAAGCAGUAAAAUCUCUACUGCAGUCCUU